CCCCGCUCAUCCCUCAGCCGCGUUCUCCUCUCCCCUCCUGCCCCGCGGGAGGCCGCCCGGGGCUGAGACAGAGAAUUUCCAUUUUUUUCCAGCAAAGCAGCAGGAGUGUUGUGCUGUUGCAGCCAACCAGAUAAUGGCAUUCCCUGUGGAUAUGUUGAAUGGCUACACUCAUGAAGACUUGGAGAGCUCUGCAGAGGACUACUUGUCUGAACUUCGUUGCGGGGAUCCAAAUCAGCCUGAGUUCUUAUCCCUGUCAGACCACAGCAAAAUUCCUAUUAGCUUGUCAACUGUGGGCUUUGUUCCUCUUUAUGGUGGAGAGCAGACACACAAAGUUCUUGCUUUGUUUGCACCAGAGGACUCUCUCACAGCUGUAGCCCUGUUUCUUGCUUACCAGUGGUGGUCGAUUGAUGACAUUUUGAGAACAUCUGUUUCUUCUAGAGAGGGGCUUCAGCAGGUGAAUUCUGUGGGGGAGAGGGUAGUUCUGUAUGUUCUGAAUCGAAUUAUCUAUCGCAAAAAUGAAAUGGAGAGAAACGAGACCCCAUUCCUUUGUCACAGCAGUGAUGACUAUGCUAAGAUCAUGUGGAGAAAAGGAGAGGCUGUUGGGUUCUAUUCUGUUAAACCUGCAGGAGCUGCUUUAAGCCCAUACCAUACUCACUGUUACCAGCUACCAGUGCUGGACACAAUGUUUGUAAGAAAGAAGUGUCGUGGGAAAGACCUGGGGCUCAUGAUGUUAGAAGACUUUGUGGAAUCUUUUACUGAGGCCACUCUUGGUCUACGGUAUCCACUGUCAUCUUUCAUGUACAAAGCUUGUAAGCACUAUUUUGAGAAGUACCCUGGGGAUAAUGACCUUUUGUGCGAAGUGGAAGGAGCUGGAUUUUGGUUCCAGAGAAAAUCCAUUGCCACUGUAUUGCAAAGGGAAGAACUCACAAAGGGCUCUCAGAAAGCAAGUGUGAGUUUCCAGUCAGUGGAUCAUUUUUGGCAAUCUGCAGCGAAUGAACUGAAGACUGAGCCAGAAACGCAGCUAAGUACUGACUCUCAAAAAGACCAAGAAUCACUGGAUGACCAUGAAAGCAUAUCUGAAGACCCAAGCGUAGCACAUGUUUCCAUUCGGACACGAAGCAGUCAUUUAAAACGUCCCAAGACAGGAAAAAAUAGCCACGAAUCUGGACCUGAAAUAUCCCAAGGAGAUGAGGAAAAUGUUCCUCACGCAUCAGCAGGCAGGCCAGAACUUCCCACUCACACAUCUAAAUGCUUUGAAGUUAUUGAGGAAGAACCUGAGGUUGAUGUUGAAAGUGGUGAGGAAAUGAUUACUUCUGAAGAGGACCAGAGUGUAUUAGAAACUGAGCUACAUACAUCACCAUCUGAGAAGCUGAGCGAGAAGGAGGGAACUCCAUCUGAAUCUCUUAAUGGGGAGGUAGCAGAAGAAACCACUAAGACCUUAGUUACGGCUGAAGAGGAAACUGCAAAUGAAGUCCUAGGUGUUGAAUCAAAGUUGCAGACUGAGAGUCAAGAAGAACCGUUAACAUUGCUUGUUCCAUUAAUCCUUGAGUCUCCAGCAAAAGAGGCUGUGUCAGAGAAGGUUAUAAAUGCAAAUGAUUCAGAAGGACUGACUGAAGAAAGUGCAUUGGUGGAGAAGAAGGGUAUGGAAGAAGACAAGCAAGAAUCUGAAGAAAAAAAAUCAUCCACUGAAAACGUAGUUGCUUUAACACCAAAGGAAGAAAUCUCAAACAACGGGCUACCAAACUCUGUCAAAAGUGAAGCAGUUGAAGAGGCUGUUUCUGAAAAUGUGUCACGCAAGCCAGCUUCCUCAGGGGAAGAUCAAAAUGAGGAAGCAGAGCAGAACUCACAGGAGGCUUCUGUUGCUUUGGGUCAGAGCUCUUUGAUAGUGGUUGAACUGGAGGGUGUUUCUUUUCAGCAGCCUUCUGGACAGGAAGGACAGAAGAACCAGACAGAAGAGCACUUGGAGGAGUCUGCUGAGCAGACAGAGCAGUACACGCAGACGGAGCAGUACACGCAGACGGCAGAGCGGGCAGCUGACAGCAGCUCUGAGGAGGCAGAAAUCGAGGUGCCCAUUGUGGAUCGGAGAAAUUUGCGAAGGAAGGCCAAAGGUUACAAAGGUCCACCCAAGAAAAAAGGAAAGCCGGCUUAAAAUAAAUUGUUAAUUCAUCUGUUUGAACGAAAAAAAACUUGUUAUUUUGUGUAAAACGCUAUGGUGUAACGAAAACGUAUAGGACACAGACAUUCACAAUAAAUACUGGGUUGGACUUCCUUUUGAGAUUCAUCACCUUUGCUCAAGGUUUCUUAAAUUUUUAACCAGUAGACAUUGAUCUUCUUCCGAGAAUGAAAUAAACAGCCAGUCUUCUUCUUUUAUAAACCAUACACGCUGAAUAAAGUUGUGCUGGCGAAGGAACAGUUUGCAUAUUUCAGGUGUCAGUCUGGGAAGGAAAAAUGAAGUAUGAAAUUCUGGCUUUAUUAAAGUUACUAAAAUUUUCAUAGAAUUUCAUGAGGCCAUUCAUCACAAAUUAUUUUAAAAGAAUUUAAAAUAUUUGAGUGUUCUGCAUCUCUCCACAGUAGAGAACAAGAAACAUCCCUCCUCUCUUCUUGUUAACUCCUCACAGGCUUUUUCGGAUGAGAUUAAAAGAAUGUCAGAUUGUAAUUCUAGGUCUCGAAAUAUACAAGAAGUUGUAACUGUAUAUCAAAACAAUAUAACAUAGCAUCUAUCUUUUAUUAGAGUGAAACUGGAGAGAAUGGCUCUGCUUUUGACUCCCAAACUGGCAAAUUUGAUUUGCUAAUCACUUGAAACAGCUGAGUUACCAGUAACAAAAUCAGCACAGCAUCUACAAUAGCGCACACCUAAAAUGAAGUUCAGAGUUGCAUACACAGUAAACUAUAUCUGUGGCUUCCAAAGUGGAUGUCUUGUUAAGCGUGAGUUUCUCCAGAAUACUGGAGUCCUCACUCCAGUAUGCUUACAGAGUUGUUUGAACAGCCUUUCUAACUACUUGCAUGUGCUGAAUGGAUACUUGCUUACUUGUUAUGUUAUGGGACAAGACAAUUUUUGAUCUAGUAUUGGUCUGAUUGGAAGUGGUGCUUUGUUUUCCAGAUAACUAGCUGAUGCUGUUAAAACGUUGUAACUGCGCCUUUAGGUGUUAUCAGGCGAUUAUUGCAAAUAUUUGUGAUUCCCACUUCCUUUUUGUAAAUUGAGUGUAAUUUCUGUACUGAUUCCCAGUUCAUAGAUCUUACUAAAAACAAGAACUAAACCUUGCUAUAUACAAGCAGAAAUACAAACAGGCUAUUACGCAUAUUUACUUUCAGAAAUUCUCUUAGCGAAGUAUAUAUUUAAUACAGUUUGUCAGGUUUACAUUGAGUUACUCCUUGAUUGGCAAUAUGUUUAUUUCAGUAAGUGAAGUUCCUCUUGUAAAGAGCUGAAAAGUCAGGAAUAAGAAAGAGCAGCCUUGCUAGUUAAUCUUAGAUUAAUAAACUAAUCUCCUACUGUGUCUUGGAAGUGCUGGGCUUCUGAAGAUUGCUGUUAGGGUUCACUUGAAUAGUUGCAAUGCUGUCUUAAUUUUUAUCCCUCCAUGAAGCUAAAGUAAGACUAUGCCUAUAGUUUAAGCGUAUUUAUAAAGCAUUUUAGCUAAGAUGUAUUCUUACUAUUUAUUUCACCUGUUGAAAUACAAUCCUACUUUUAAUUUGUUAAAAAAAAAAAAAAGCUUAUGUAGGAGGUGUUGCUUUUGUUUUUAUUAGAUGCAUGUAUUACAUAAAUUUUUGAUUCAAACUUUAGACUUCAGAGUGGAUAACUGAGUUGGGAUGUUGAGCAUAGUUGUAAUUCCCUGUCAGUGUGCAUUUACUACUUAUGAACCUUGCAACUGGCAAACGUUCAAGAUCUUUUAUGGUUGUUUGUAAACACAUUCAAGUGAACCUUAAGAAUUCCUAAAACUAAUAAAACAUUUUCUACAAUGCACAUGGAACAAAACUUGUUACCAAUAGUAUGAUUUGUCUUACAAUGCUAAGUUACUGUAAAAAAAAAAAAAGAAAAAAAAGAAAACCACACACACACAAAGCACACAUCUGUUACAUUGCUAAGGAUGGAACCUGAUAGUUUAAAAAAUGCUGACUGUAUGCAGUUUUUAGUCAUUCAUUUUGUGUUUGUUAGAGCGAACUGUACUACAUACUAAUCUGUUAAAUACUUCAAUUGGUACAAAUAUGUUCACAUUCAAGAAUUCUGUUGUUCACAAACAGGUGAGAGCCACUUAUUUCCUCUAGAUGGAUUUUUUUUUUAUGCAUACGUUUGUCACUUGGUUUUUCCUGUGAGGUUGGAAAACCCUUUGUGGGAAGGUUAUUUGACUUCUGAUAUUUCUUUCCGUGGCUAAGUUGGAACUAGUUUCAAUUAGUAUCUUAUUCUUAGGACAUUUAUGUAUUGAAUGCAGGAAAAACUACAACGGAAUUAUUAAAUGAGGUCAGUCUUGGUUUCUGCUGAAAAGAGUCAGGUAUCUGAUCAAACUCCAGAAAGUUUUGAAAUACUGAGCUAAAAUUCACAUCUUUAGGUAUACUCUUGAGUAGCUAGCUCUGUUUGUUUGGGGUACCUGAGAUAGUAGCCAAUGGCCAGAUUGUUAUCUACCUAUUGUGGGCAGUGGUGGUGCAAUUAGCAGUUCUAAUAAGCAGUAUGGUCUUGAAACCUAGAAAUAGUUCUUAACUGUGAUCACAGCAGUACAUCGAGCUGGAAUGGAGUUUGUUUCUCUAAUAAUUUCUUGGGCAUCAGUCGUCUUGCAAUAAAUAUUGAGUAGCCAAAUCAAACUACUGAUUUAAAUAAUAGUUUGUAUUGUUGUGAUGGUUGUCCAGUUGGAACAGUAGUUUAAUAAUCUAUACCUUCCAUUGCACUGAAGCAGGGAAACUUGUCUGACAACUGUAUCGACUGAAAUGUUUUAUCUUGGGAAAAACUGUUUUAUGCCUGGACAGUUUUUCUUUGGUCGGUUUAUUGUCUGGCUUAGACCAUUGAAUUGCUAAAGAAUUUAACAUCUUACCACACCAGCAACCAAUGAUUAAAGUUCAUCAAGUUCAUCUGUUUGUACCAGAUACUGUUAUGGUAUGUUGUAAAACUAUGUGUGUAUGGUCAAAGCGAGCAGUAUUAUGUUUGAGCUUUAUUUAGCCUGGGAAUGGAGUUUAAAGAAUCUUUAUUUGUGAUUUCAACCUUGCACUUAAAUAGUCAAUGGUUUUGUGUUUGAAUGCAUUGCUUGUUAAAAUGUUUCCCUUGUACUGCUGCUUAAUUUUCAAUAGAACUUGCUUUGUUUCUCACAGUUUCUUUCGGCUUCUUCAUUUCAUGCAGAAUUCUUGUUUGCUGUUCUCAUGUUCCAUAGCCCUUUACAUAAAGAUAUGUAUUUAUUCCAAUUUGGUUUUAAUUUAGUAACUCAUACUUUCUUUGUUGGUGUACUUCUUUUCCAUUUCACUUGUGGGUGUCAGUAAUCAAAUCGAUCAUUUAACCAACACUACUAGGAUGAAAAGAGCAAUAAAUAGGCCUAAGUUUCAUCCUUUCCUCGACCAUUAAAAGAUAUUACCAAGGGGAUAUACUUCUAUAUUUAUUUUCAUGAAUGUGGUGUUAGAUGUUUUUUAAACUAGUGUUUAUAAAUCCUAUGGAAGAUGUGAUGCUGUUCUAGAGUACUGUACUUAGAGCUAGUUAGUGUGUUCUGAAUUUUCCUUUCUUUGUAUUGUCUUGACUUUUCCUUUCUUUGUAUUGUGUUGACUGCUUUUGAAAUGUUUUGAAAAGGUAAUUAAACUUAUUUUGUGACUUA